AUGCGACUGCACACAGACGAGAAGCUGUUCGAGUGCUCUCACUGUAAGAACAAGUUCACCAGAAAGCGAGAUCUGAUAUCUCACUUAAGGAUCCACACAGGGGAGAAGCCAUUCUCUUGUUCUCAGUGUGGGAAAUGCUUUGCUUACAGAUGUUCCUUAAAAAAUCAUGAGCGGUUGCAUGAAGGAAAUCUGCGCUUUCAGUGCGAUCAUUGCGAGAAGCUUUUCAACACUGCAGCGGCUGUGAGGAGACACAAAAUGACCCACACUGGAGAGAAACCUUUUGCAUGCACACAAUGUGACAAAAAGUUUACCACAAAUUUUGAGUUGAAUACUCACGUGAAUAGCCAUUCGGGGAACAAGCCGUUUAGCUGUUCUGUUUGUGGGAAGCGUUUCCUGAGAAAGCCAGAACUUUACUCUCAUCAGCUCAGUCAUCAGGACGACCGUCCCUUUCAUUGCACACAGUGCACACUAAGCUUCAAAAGACUGAGCCACCUGACAUCACACAUGAGGACCCAAUCCGAUGACAGCCCUUACAAGUGCACCUACUGCAGCAAAUCCUUCAAGCUUCCCGUCUGCCUAAAACUGCACGAGCGCAUUCACACUGGAGAGAAGCCUUACAGCUGUGAGCAGUGUGGCAAAAGGUUCCAUUCAUCUGGAGAUUGUACCAAACACCAGCGGGUACACACUGGGGAAAAACCAUACAAGUGCUCAAAAUGUGACAAGAGCUUUAGCCACAGUUGCUCUUUAAAGAUGCACAAGGUCACGCACUCCGAGGACAGACCUUUCCACUGCGAGCAGUGCGGCAAGAGCUUUAACAGACUUAAUACUCUGAAGAAUCAUAAGUUGAUCCACGGUGAUGAAAAAUUAUACACGUGUUCUCAAUGUGGGUCAGCCUUCAAAAAGAAGAGUGGGAUCAAGAUGCACAAAAAAAUUCACUCCAGCGAGUUCCAUUGCAGCACCUGUGGAAAAACCUUCCGUCGUCAAAAUACCUUCCAAAGCCAUCAAGACAUGCAUGCAGGGAUCAACAUCCACAAAUGCUCAGAGUGUGGAAAAUGCCUGAGCUCGGCAAGUAGCUUGAAGAAGCACAUGGAGCAACACUUCGGCAAGAAAAUGUACCACUGUGGCGAGUGUUACAAGAGUUUUUCCUCCCUGUCGUGGGUACGUAAGCACCAGAAGGCGGAGCACACUAAUAAGAAGCCAUACGUCUGCCAAAAGAAAAUAUCCUGA